CAUCCUAUCUCAGGAAGGAUAAGCAUGUUAACAGGCCGGGUGCCAGGGGAUGUGGGGUAUGACGACUCGACCACAGGACUACAUCCUGGAAGCCUGAAGGUGAUGCCACUACACAACACCUUCUGCCUUAGUUCGCGUUCACUAGCGAAAGGACUUCCAGCAACUAAUGGUUUGAGAUUUCUGAUCAGUUGCUCUUGAACUUGUUAGCUGAUACAAGGAUAUAAUAUAUCUUCUGAUAUAUUGUUGGUUAAUUAUACUAAUAAACAAAUCGAGAGAAAAUUGGAAUGUUUUGUUAAUUAUUCCUCUUAUGAUGUAUGUAUUUUAUUAAUGCUCUUAGAUUAGUGUAGUAAUUGUUAAUUAGGCAAUGCAGUUUUAUCUUUAAUCAACUAUCAGAUACCUGCUGAACACUUAGUAACAUAGCUUGUUCUUCCUUCUCUACGUGCUAACUGCUAACUGUACUUCGGUGGUUAGGAGAAACUAUCAAAGGCGUUGACAAUACAAAUAUUCUCCAUUUCUGAAUAUUGUGUUUUCAGUUUGAUCUAUUUUUUCAGAGUAAAUACUAGUUUCUUUGAUGUACUCCUGAAGUUCAUCAAUCUUGUCAAAUUGCAAAUUUUUGAUUCUUCAUAAACGACGAGAUGACGUUUAUCAAAGACGUUGAAAGUAGUUCAGAAAACGGUAGCUUGAUUGACUUCAAGGAUAAAAAAGUUCCAUUGUUGGCUCAUAAAAGAGCUUCAUUUGGUAGUUCAGUCUUCAAUUUAUCAUGCACCAUUGUAGGUGCAGGAAUCAUGAGCUUACCUGCUGCUAUGAAAGUAUUAGGUGUUAUUCCUGGUGUGAUUUUGAUCAUAGUUGCUGGAUUUUUAACGGAAGCUUCGAUCGAGUUCUUGCUUAGGUUUAGUGAUGCAUCUUGUUCAUUUUCUUAUUGUUCUGUUAUGGAAGAUGCAUUUGGUAAAAUUGGCAAGAUUUUGGUGCAGCUUUCUGUUGUUGUCAAUAAUGUUGGCAUGUCUAUCAUUUACUUGAUCAUAAUUGAGGAUGUGCUCUCUGGAUCAUCGACUUCAGAUGGAGUUCAUCACCCCGGUGUAUUAGAAGAAUGCUUUGAACAACAAUGGUGGACAGGGCGCGCCUUUGUGCUACUUGUCUUGACUCUUUUUGUCUUCAUGCCUUUGAUAUCGUGUAAACGUAUAGAUUCAUUGAGAUACACUUCAGCUGUAGCAGUUGCACUUGCAGUGUUCUUUAUAGUUGUCGUCGUUGCAAUUACAGCUUUCAAACUAGGCCAGGGAACCAUACAUGAACCUGCAUGGUUUCCACAUAUUGAGAGCUCGGAAUCCUUUUGGAAUCUCUUCACUGCUGUACCUGUUCUUGUUUGUGCAUAUCUUUGCCAUUUUAAUGUUCAUCCAAUACAGAAUGAGCUCAAAGAUCCUAAUCAAAUGCAAUCAGUAGUUAAAACUUCCCUCUCACUCUCUGGAAUAGUAUACUUACUAACAGGCUUAUUCGGUUUCCUGCUUUUCGGUGAUUCCACUGCUUCUGAUAUUCUGUCCAACUUCGAUACCAACCUUGGCGUUCCCUACAGCUCGUUACUGAACAACAUGGUUCGUGUCAGCUAUGCAGGCCAUAUCAUACUCGUCUUCCCCAUUAUCUUCUAUUCUUUAAGGAUAAAUUUGGACGGCCUACUGUUUCGUCGUGCAAGGCGGCCUCUGGCUUCAGAUAAUUGGAGAUUUGCAUUAGUCACGUUAAUACUGAUGUCUGUGAUUCUGUAUGGAGCUAUAUUUAUUCCUAAUGUAUGGCAGGCUUUUCAGUUUACUGGUGCCACUUCUGGAUCCUUGCUCCUGUUUAUAUUUCCUGCUUCCAUUGUUCUCAAGGACUGUCAUGGCAUAGCAACAAUGAAGGACAAGAUGUUAGCAAUCUUCUUGAUUGUUGUGGCUGUGUUUACAGAUGUGGUUGCAAUCUACAGCAACGCGAGCACGUUGAUUCCAAAGCGUUCAUGAUCAUGCAGACUUGUAUUCUUCUUGGAUUGGUUUCUACUGUGAACCAACAACAGGGUGUUUUGUCAAAUUGGUAGUUCUGAACUGGAUGUAUCAUGUUAAUUAUGUAGAUAACAAGGCAUUGAACUAUAUCUGCCUAGAUUCUCCAAGUUUUCUG